AUGGCGAUGUGUCCUGUGGGAUUCUGGAUCAACGACCUGGGCUCCAGCAUGACCAUCGAUUCUGUGAAUGACAAGGGCGAGUUCUCUGGCUUGUAUCACACCGCCGUGACAGCCACAAGCAACGAAAUCAAGAUUUCUCCGCUGCAGGGAUCCCAGCACCCCAAGAACGAGGUGAACCAGCCCACCUUUGGCUUCGCUGUCAACUGGAGUUUUUCAGGAAAUUCUGAGGACCACGUGGCUCCUGAGACAGGAGGUCGGCAACCUCAAGGAGGACUGGAAAGCCACCAGUGUGACCUGAGCGGGCUGUGGAGGAACGAGCAGGAGUCGCUGAUGGAGAUCUCGGCGCUGCGGGACGACGGCAGCUUCCAGGGCGAGUACCUGACGCGGGUGAGCCUGUCCGGCGGCUGCAUCCGCGCGUCCCCGCUCAGCGGCGCCCGGCAGGAGCUCGGCGAGGCGGCCUGGCCCACGUUCGGCUUCACCGUGCGCUGGGAGAAGUUCUCCAACGCCACGGCCGUCUUCGUGGGACAGUGCUUCGUGGACACGGGUGGCAAGGAGGUCCUGGCCACCACCUGGCUGCUGCGUGAGCCCGUGGGCUCCUUGCAGGAGGACUGGAGAGCCACGAGGGUGGGCAGAAACGUCUUCACGCGCAAGCGUGGCCACAAGGGGAAGAUCCCCCAGAGCUGGGACCCCUCCUGCGAGGACAGCCCAUCGCCCAUGCCGUGA